CCACUUUAUUCAUUCUAUCCCACCUUCCGGGCUUCUGCGUACAGUCCAAGUCCAGUCCUUCUCUACGAAUCCCCAUGUGCAUGCUGAAUUGUAUGCUUGACUUGCAGACUAGACUAGGUGAACCUUAGAUUAUUGCUCGUCUAUCGCCAUUCGCGCCGGCGCAUUCGACCGCAAGCACAAGCACAAGCACGAGCACAAGCGAUCCGGCAGCCCUGGCACGCACCGCACGAUACUCUGUCUCUACUUCUCUGUCGCAACAACCAGCAAUUCCGACUCUCCCUUUCCGGCGCAUCCAACCACGAGCACAAACACAGCCACAUCGACGCCGAGGCGCGCCCCCAGCAUACAAGAUGGAAGAAGGCGACGUACCUGAACACUACUAUACACAAGAGGGCCGACUGGCAUCCUUUCACUCAACCAGUCGGAAACCCACGGCCAAGGGCAAAGCCUCCAAGUCCUUGACAUGGCCGCACAAGCGCAUUGAGCCAACAGAUCUUGCUCGAGCCGGUUUCUACUUUGAUCCAACCCCCGACUACCCCGACAAUGCUGUCUGUUUCCUUUGCCAUAAGAUGAUUGGAGGAUGGGAAGACGGCGACGACCCCCUCCAAGAACACUUGCGCCUCUCCCCGCACUGCGGCUGGGCCAUCGUCACAGCGAUCGAGGCGGCCUUGGGAGACUACAACGCCGACGAUCCGAGUCACCCAGAUAUGAUGCAAGCAAGAAAGGCCACAUUCGCCCAACGCUGGCCACACGAAGCAAAGAGAGGCUGGAAGUGUAAAACGAAGCAGAUGGUAGAUGCCGGCUGGAAGUACACCCCAACAUUAGACUCGGACGACAUGGCGACCUGCACGUACUGUCAACUGGCACUAGAUGGUUGGGAGCCUUCUGACAAGCCAAUGAACGAGCACUACAAGCGAUCACCUGAAUGUCCAUUUUUCAUCUUGAUCAACCAGUACCAGCAAGCUCCUGCGAAGAAGACGGGUCGAGGCAAGGGCGCUAGGUCCUCCAAGGCAUCACGACUCUCGUCGCAAUCCAUAGCCACAACCACAUCGGAAACAUCGUCCAUGGUCGAUCAACCUGCAGAUUACGAGGACAGCAUCAUGACGACAGCAUCUGUUGCGACUACUGGCGGGACCAAGCGCGGUCGUGCCAAGAAAGCGACGACGGCCAAACCCAAGAAGACCACGGCCAAGAAGAACGACCAUGUUGACGUCCUGCAAGAUCCACCCGAAGAGGACCUGCCGCUGCCGCCUCCACCACCCAAGCCGACUCGAGGGCGCAAGAGAGCUAGUGAUUCCGUUGACGACUCGGUCUUGACCAAUGCCGAAGCACCGGCGCCGAAGAAACGGGCAACCCGAACUCGUGGUAGCAAUGCGGCAGACUCGUCAGUCAUUGAGCCUCAGCCAGAUUCAAGCAUGCUCGAUGCCUUCCCUGCCUCGCCAGCCAAGACAACCAAGAAGAAGGGCAGCCGGGCCUCGAAGAGUACCAGAAAGGUCUCGACCGCUUCUACUGCCUCAAACGCCUCCUUCCACAAUGCUGAAGAGGAGCUGCCUGAUGAUGAAGAGCUAGAUCGACAGCUCCAGGCCGAUCUGGAUAGACCUUUGUCUGAUGACGAUGGAAUGAUUGCCGCUGAUUCCGACUCGGAACGGAAGCCGAUGCCAGCAAAGACCAAGGCCAAGAAGGCAACAACCAAAAAGCCUGUGGCGGCUUUCGAGGAAGUGCCUUUAAGCGGCCACGCAAUGUUUGAUCCCACGCCCGCUGAUAUAAACAGUGCUGAUGUCUCGGUCGAGCUCCAAGAGUUGCGAGAACAGAUUCAGAACGAGGCGAAAGAACAGGCACCAUUGCCCGUUCCCAAGAAAGGCCGCAAGGCCGGCACCAGGAAGGUUUCAAAGCAGACCAAGACUAAGAAGUCUUCGCAACCAGAACCAGAACCAGAACUCGUGCCUGAACAAGAGACAGGGCCCAUUGAGCAGGCAGAACCCUACGAUAUCAGCAUUGCAAGCAACGCAACUGUCCUCAAAAACUCCACAUCUACCAACCCGGCACCCAAAAAACGCGGCCGUCCGAAGAAGAAUAGCACUCAGCCCCCUCCCCCCCCUCCAGCUCCAGCAGAACCGGAGCCUCAACCAGAGCCAGAGCGCGACAUUGAGGAGACACAGCUUGAGCUGCCUCCAGAGGUUGAUCAGGUUGAUUUCGCCGACCCCUUGGAAAAAGCUGCGACGCCCCGUGUCAGUCUGAGCAAGCAACCGCGAAAGAAGUCAUUACCACCACCCCCAGUCCCAGAGGACGAACUCCAAGCACCUGCCACUCCUGGCCCAGCCGUUUCUCCUGCGCCAACUGCGAAGCAGGCCACCAUUUCCCCAUCUCAAUCACCACAGUCGUCAGACGCCGAGAACCAACCUCCGUCAUCCAAACCGUCCAACACUGCCAACUCCUCGCGUGUCGCAUUGGCCCCAGUGGCAUCUACUCCCGUCCGUUCGUCGCCAUCCAAACGCAACGUCAACUUCGUUGUUGGUUUGGAAAGUGACAAGCCGUGGGCUUCGGUGGAACUUGACACCGUCUUUGAACAGUUAGGAAAAGAGAACGCUCUGCCCGGUUCAAACUUGCUCAAAGGCCUACAAUUGACCAGUCCAGAGAAAAAGAUGACCGUCGAGGAGUGGAUUUAUCACAACGCUAAUUUGGCGGAACAACGACUCAAAGUGGAGUGCGAAACCGUAGUAUCCAAGUUCGAAACUGAAGGCGGAAGAGCAAUGCAGUCGUUGGAAGGGCUGACUGUAGAAGAAUGAGGGACCGUAGUCCAGAACUACUGUGUUGGGCGAGAAAUAUGACACCGAUCAGAAGCUUAGGUCUCUAGUGUUGUUGUGUGUUCGGGCAUGUUGUUUCAUUGUCCAUUACUGAAGAAAGAGAUACGUGCAACCUCCAAAGGAGGCAUGCGCCUCUAGCUUCGACAGGAUACAAGUAUUUGGGUCUUGUAGUCCGCUCAAUGCUCAUUGCUGGUGGCGUUUCGGAUUUUGACAUGAUGGAAAUACAUAUACGAGACUACGAAAUGCAUAUUUUCUUCACUCGAA